GGGGAACAACUCACUUUUUGUCGAGUUGGUUGACAGGGCAAAAUGUCUACUUAAAAGCAUAUGUUAGAAGAAAACCGGAAAGUUAACGAGAAUUCAUCUAGAAAUACAAUUAUCGUAUGAUAAACGACAUAACUAACUGACAAUGGCUUGGAAACUAUUGUGCGACAGAAUGUAUGUGUUCAAGUGCAACAAUUCGAUUAGAGUGCUGUCUUUGAACACAUACACUCGACCCUUGAUAGGUCAAUCCCACGUUAGGCAUCAUAAUAGUUUAACAGAAUGUUUCAAAUUGUACAAAUGGCAAAAGCAGACCACAGCGCAGUAUUGCCUGCAUAGAGGGAACUCCGUCCACCAUUUUUGGAGACAAUAUAUUCAUUGCAAUAUUUCGUGUAGUGCAACAAAAACCAAUUUCCGUACAAACGCUUUUCAAUGCCGAUACAAAAGCUCAGAAGCCAGGAACCCGGGAGUUAAAAAGCCAACAGUGAAAGUGGAAAGCAAGCAAUCCACCCUUCCAAAGACUUCAGAAGUGAAGAGGUUGCUUAAUCUGUCAGCCCCAGAGAAAUGGAGAAUAUUAGGUGCUGUGGGAUUGCUGUUGAUUUCAAGUGGUGUGACAAUGUCUGUGCCAUUUUGUAUGGGGAAAGUCAUAGAUGUCAUAUACACCACAUCACAGGAUGAACAGUUUAUUAGUCGCCUUAACAACAUCUGUCAGAUUCUGGUCUGUGUUUUUAUAAUUGGAGGUGCUGCUAACUUUGGUCGCAUUUACUUGAUGCAGAUUGCAGGCCAGCGCAUCAUCAAGAGAUUGAGAGAGAAGCUGUUUGGCUCUCUGAUUAAGCAAGAGAUUGGCUUUUUUGAUAAAACAAGGACUGGAGAACUCAUAAAUCGCUUGUCAACAGAUACAAGUCUUGUUGGCAACUCUGUAACAAUGAACAUUUCUGAUGGUUUGCGGGCUUUUGCACAGGCAAUAGGUGGAGUAGGGAUGAUGGUGUAUGUAUCAACAAAAUUAGCUCUUUUCUCACUUGCCGUAGUCCCACCUGUAGCAGCCAUGUCCAUUAUUUAUGGGCGUUACAUGCGAGGUAUUACACGACGGGUUCAAGACUCGCUUGCCAGUGCUACUGAGCUGGCAGAAGAGAAGCUUAGUAACAUUCGUACAGUCAGAGCCUUUGCCCAUGAAGACAAGGAGUGUAAAACCUAUGAGCAGAAAAUCCAAGAUGUUCUGAAGCUUUCCUAUAAAGAGUCAUUGGCACGAGGAAUCUUCUUUGGCUUUACAGGGUUGACAGGCAAUCUGAUUGUGUUGUCCGUGUUUUAUUAUGGAGGCAUGAUGAUGACAGAAUCUCAGAUAACAGUGGGAGAACUCUCUGCUUUUCUUUUGUAUGCAGCUUAUGUUGGAAUCUCAAUUGGAGGUCUGAGUUCUUUCUACACUGAGUUGAAUCGAGGGCUUGGAGCAAGCUAUAGGCUCUGGGAAUUAAUAGAUCGCAAGCCUUUAAUUCCUGUUUCAGCACUUGAGCUCCCUGCAGAGUUUAUGCGGACACUUCCAGCUGUACAGGGAAACAUCAGUUUUUGCGAUGUUGUGUUCAGCUAUCCAUCACGCCCUGAUAUAAUUAUCUUCAACAACUUUAACCUCAGAGCAUCUGCAGGACAAGUGACUGCUGUGGUUGGGCCAAGUGGAUCUGGCAAAUCAACUGUGUUUGGUCUACUUCUCAGAUUGUAUGAUCCAGUUUCUGGAAGCAUCAUACUAGAUGGCCAUGACAUCAAAACACUAGAUCCAACAUGGCUGCGUUCACAUAUUGGAACUGUCAGCCAGGAACCAAUUUUAUUUUCUUGCUCGGUGGGUGAAAACAUUGCAUAUGGAGCAACCGAUCCAGACUCUGUUACUUUACAUCAGAUUGAAGAGGCAGCUAGAAAGGCCAAUGCUUACAGCUUUGUCAAAGGGUUUCCAGAAGGCUUUGAUACACUGGUUGGAGAAAGGGGAUUGAUGUUAUCAGGUGGUCAGAGACAAAGAAUAGCUAUUGCCAGAGCCAUUCUAAAGAAUCCAGAAAUUCUGCUUCUUGAUGAAGCUACAAGUGCUUUGGAUGCGGAAAGCGAGUACCUGGUUCAUGAUGCUCUGGACAAGCUGAUGGCUGGCCGCACAGUUUUAACUAUUGCACAUCGUUUGUCCACCAUAAAAACAGCUGGCCAAAUUGCUGUCAUAAACGAAGGACAGAUUGCAGAGAUAGGCUCAUACAGUGAGUUGAUGUCCAUUAAUGAAGGGUUCUUCAAGAAGCUUGUUGAACGGCAGACAAUCUCACUUUCUUGAUAGUUCCAGAGUUUACAUACAUAACCAUGGAGGGCUUUCACAAUACCACAAGACAGGAAUAAAUUUGCAUUUAUGUGUGAUGCAUUUGGUAAUUUGCUUGUCAACAUAUUAUGACAGUGUAAUGUAUAGUUGUGCUGGACCAAAAAUGUUUAUCCAUCAAGCCUUCUUUUCCUUUUCCCUGGGGAAAUUAUUUUGUAUAUUUAAUUUUAAAGCAGUUUUUCUGGUCUAAUAUGCAUAAUUUCAAAUCAAAUAAUCUUAUAUGAUUUAAAAGUGUUUAGAGGGCAAGACCAUCAUGAAAUACUUGAAGAGCAUUCACGUAAGGGCAUUAGUACAUAACCCUCUAUUACAGAAAUACUCAAUGUAGUAGUUAAUACUUUUAUGGGUUUGCAGAUUUUGUCUCCUGCUAUGAAUUAUUAAUAUAUAUUUUGGUAGAAAAACAAGGUUGAUAGAAAGUAGAUGCCUAGAUGGUAGAAUGUUUGUAAAGCAUACCUGUAGAAUGUUACUGAGAAGCUCCUUGCAAAUGCUUCGUAUAGAUGUUAUGUAUCUGCUGUUAUUGAUUUUAAUGUGAAUAGAACUGUAAUUAAAACUGGUGUUUUAUUUGCCUGUAAUAAAGAGGAUAUUUGAUAAUUCUG